UUAUUCGUUACGUUGUCGGUUAACCAAAAAAAAAAAAAACCUGACGGUUUCUUCCACACCCUUACCCAUAUGCAUGCAUGGUGGACAUACGGCCAAGUGCUCUUUUGACAAAAUCAGAAAUGGACAAUUAUUUGGGGGGAAGGGAUGGGGAGUCAUGUGGCAGUAAAGGAGGCAAAUUAGGGAAUGACUCGUGGCCAAGAUUUAGCUAGAAAAGGGGACACCCGGAUGAUAAAUUCACCGGCCACCUCAUAGCCCAUCAUCGCCCAUUAUUAAAAUCUACAAAGUGUAGAAACAGAAUCCUGUGAUUGGAGAUCUGCUUGCUGGCCAGUAAUGUAACAUAUGGAGACCGAAUUUGCAGGCCGGCCGGCCAACCCCCAUCUCUCUCUUUUCUCUGCACAUGCUCUCACAUGGAAUCCUUUCACAGUAUAAAUACACGGCUGUCCACAUUCUUUCUUUCCCAAACUAUGCUGCUAAAUUCCUCUGUAACCCAGAAAAGAAGGAAAAGAAGCCAACUUUAAUUACGAACAAUGGCAGCCAAAUUCCAGAAGAGAUCAGUGAGCUUGCCCGCCAGAGCUCACCCUACAACGAUUAAAAUCCACGAGGAGCUAACCAAGCUGAGAGAAUUCGAUCAAUCAUCGGCGGCCACUUCUUCUUCUAGUUCGGCCAUCUGCAGCAGCUUAUCAACUCUAAGAGACGUCUAUGAUAGCCUGGACGAGCUUCUGGCCCUGUCCUCAACUCAAGAAGCUCUGUCUCGCCGAUGCGUGGCAGAGGAGGAGAGGUUCUUAGAUGGAUCCGUGAAGCUUAUGGACACUUGUGAGAUCGCAAAGGAUGUGAUCUCGAGGCUAAGAGAAAACGUGGCAGCCCUCCAGUCCGCAAUCCGCAGGAGAAGGAAAGGCGGCGACUCUGUUUUAGAAUCCUCUGUUUCUGACUACAUUCAAUUGAGGAGGAAGACGAGGAAAGACGCCAGGAAGUUGGUUGCGCAGUUGAAGCAGCAGAUGGGCAAUCGUGAUUAUAAGCUUCCGGCGGCCGAUCACGAUGAUGAUGAGCACUUUAGUGCGGUCAUUAGAGUGAUGAGAGAAGUUAAUGCGGCCAGCAACCGCGUGUUGGGAGCGUUGUUGAGCUUCGUUACACCGCCGGUUUGUGGCAGGGCAAAACAGAGCAAGUGGGGGAUAGCGUCCAAGCUGAUGAUGACGCGUAAGGUGGCGGCAGUUGAGUGCGAGAUGAACGAGAUUCAAGCUGCAGACGUUGCUUUAUUGAUUGGGGAUGAUCAGAAGAAGAGGGAAUUUGGUACCAAGGAAUUGGAAUCGGUGGAGGGCUGUUUUAAGGAGAUUGAGGAUGGUUUGGAGGGCGUUUUCAGGAGGUUGAUCAAAUCUAGAGCUUCUCUGCUCAACAUACUGUCUCGGUAGGAACAUUAAUUUUACUAUUGCAGAAGAAUGAAUUUUUCUGAUUCUU